AUGAGCGUGAAGCACUCGCGAUCAGGAGACCCCGGCUCCAGUAACAUCAGUGAGCCAUUCCUAUUGGUAGCUGACAAGAAUGGAGAAAUAAUUCUUCAAGUUAACAUCACUUCCGGUUCGACCACCACGCUUCCGCUCGGAGAUGUAGGACUGCCCGCCGCCCUGGACUACGACCCGCUCACGGACUACGUGUACUGGUCAGAUAUCCGAAACGACAAAAUCCACCGGGCUCGUCGUGAUGGAAGUGGCAGGGAGACCAUCUUAGACAUCACCGAUGUCGUUGGCCUGGCGUUGGACCACGCUAGAGGGGAUAUCUACUGGACUGAUUAUGAUGAAAACACCAUCUCUGUAGCAAAGAUGGAUGGAUCGUCAACUAGAACACUUCUGACGUCACCAGUCGUCAGCCGUCCUUUGGGACUGGUCCUGGACGCCAGGAAUGGACUCAUGUACUGGGCGGACGGUGGUAAUGACAGAACUGACCGUGCUGCGAUGGACGGCAGUAACCCAACCACCAUCAUCACGGGCGUGUCUGCUCCCCGCGCCGUUACAAUAGACUAUAGAGAGGACCGGCUGUACUACUCUGAUCGGUACCGCAUGUACAGCUCAGACCUGCUGGGUAACGAUAUCCAACAACUGCUGUAUGAAGACGGGAAGUGGGUGCGGGGGAUUGCUGUUGACGAGAACUACGUCUACUGGUUGUCUUCUUGGUAUGAUUCAUCAAGGACAUGGCAAGGAAAAGUCGGAAUGUUAUCCAAGUCAGACUUGACCCAGACUGUCCUGGUGGAGGGUCUGGUAUGGCCACAGGGCAUCUACCUCUCCACGGCAGCGCCUCCUGGCGUCACUACUGCCAAGCACAACUCCGGUCACUACACCUUCGACUGCUGCGGCAAAAAAUUCUCCGGUUAUCACACCUUCGACUGCUCAGGGAAACACUGCCGCGGUCAUCACACCUUCGACUGCUGA